GGAAUGUAAUAAGCGCUGCACAGGCAAACGGGGGAAUGUGACAGAAAAGUGUAAACGAGUGUAGUAGCUGGGUGACACCUGUCAUAUUCUGUAGAAUUUUAAGUUGAGUAAAUAAUUUCCUGAACGAUUUGACAACACGUUUCCAUUGAGUUUCACGUGUAUUUACAUGCUAGCUAAAUAGCUAGUCAGUUGCACCGACGAGAUGCGUCUCUCCUUGUCGACCUUAAUUUCACAUGGCCGAAUGGCCAGACGAAUGGGUCUCGGCCCUAAGUCACGGAUUGACAUGCUUCGGAACAUUUUGACAGGACUGGUUCGGCACGAAAGGAUAGAGACUACCCGAGGUCGAGCCGAUGAAGUCCGGUUCUACGCCGAGAAGCUGAUUGACUACGCAAAAAAGGGAGUCAUGGAUGAGAAGGCAAUGAAAAUGGCCACCUUCUGGCUCACGGAGAAAGAUCUGGUCCCAAAGCUCUUCGAAGUCCUGGCGCCUCGAUUUGAGAACCAGCAGAAGGGCUACACGCGUAUGGCUCGGAUCCCGAACCGCACCAACUUGGACCGGGCCGCAAUGGCGGUCCUGGAGUACAAAGGCAACCCGUACCCGGCCCUGUUCACCGCCAAACGCGACAGCGACCUCACGCUGCUCAACCAGCUGCUGAAAGGCUACAGGGAGGAGAGGGAACAGCAGAGAGCAACCAAAGCAAACUUGAGUCCCGCUGUCUCUCAUAACAUUUAAGCCACGCCCUUAACGUUGGUUUUGGAAGUGACUGUACACACCCUUGUUCCGCUCUCUGCUUUGCUAAAAUGUGUUCCUAUAAUGAGGUAUGUAAAAAAAAAAAAAAAAAGUGUGAAUUAAACCUUUCUGGAAGA